AUGGAAAUCUUGUCCCUGAAUAAUACAUGUCAUAAAAAGGGUGCCAACAGCCAAUCCUCUUCUAUCUCUAUCACACCCUCUGCCUCGCCUUCUUCCUCGUCUACCCCAACAUAUCACAAGCCUUCUGUCACUUAUUACAAAAGUCAAACAACAGCUACAACUCAGCUGUCAAUGGAAACCACCGAUAACGAAUUCAUUAAUGUUGACUUGGAAAGCAAGGGUAACCGCUCCAGUCACGACAGCAGCGCACCUUUCAGCACGGCUUCUAUGAGACGUCUGAGCGUACCAGCCUCAGUCUACUCCCGUGUCCAUCGCAGUGAAACAAACCAAAGCCCAACAGCGCCUUCAUCACCUCUAUCCACAUCCAGCACUGCAUUUGAAGUUCUCGACAGGUCUUCUCGGAGUUAA